AUGGCAGCAACGUUUCCUUCCAUCGUGUGCAAGAUCCUUCUCGUCAUUGUAGCCAUGCUUGCCCUCCUUUGCUCUGCCUAUGCAAGAGACGCAUCAGAAUAUGGGCAGUGUUUUUCCCGGCCUGAAUGCAGCAACUACUGCAAGCAGCAAGGAUACCACAGGGGAGGGGAGGUCAUGCCGCCCAACUUCAUGGACUGUUGCUGUCUCAUAUGA